GAGGAGCGCUGACUAACACUAACUAAACUAAACUAAACUAAACUAGCCACUGUCCUGUCAUCGUCUCGCGCUGUUCUGCAUGUUAUUGGAGAUUUUAUUUCUGCAUAACUGAUAUCGUAAAGUAUCUUUCAGCUGUUUAACAUGGACUUCUUGUGUUUCUUCAGAUCUGAGAGGAUGAGCGUCGGCUGCGACACGAGCGUCAGGCGGAUUCUCCGCGCGUCACAACGCUUCAGGUCCACUAAAGGGGCAUCCAAAGCCCGGCGAGACCACAUCAAUGGAGAGAUCCGGAACAUGCGGUCACUGCUGCCCAUCUCGGCUGAAGACCAGGAGCGUCUGUCCUACCUGCACUCCAUGUCUCUCAUCUGCACCUACGUCAGGAAGACGGUGCUCCUCAAAGCAGGUGUUCAGCAGCGCGCGGAUGGAGCUUCUCCUCUGUACGAGAGCUUCCUGCAAGCCCUGCCUGGAUUUAUUGUGGCUUUGACCAGAGACGGGAAACUGGUCUAUGUGUCUGAAAAUGUGCCAGAAUAUCUGGGCCUGUCGAUGGUGGAUGUCCUUCAGGGAGACACUUUCUAUGAUAUGAUGGACAGUCGUGAUGCUGAAGCGGUGGAAGUUAUUUUGAGAGAGCAGGCCGUCUCCGCUGAGCGCAGCUUCGUGUGCCGCAUGCACACCUCCAAAGCGUUUCGGCUCCAGUACGGCAGCUGCUGCUCCAUGCUGGUGAGGGGGCGAUUCCAGGCCGGCCCGCCGGACGCCGCUCUGUUUGUGGCCCUCUGUACGCCCACAGUGGACAGACUGAAGGACAGCGAGCUCCUGAGAUCCUCCGCCUGCUUCCAGACGCUCCACAGACCGGACAUGAGGCUCACUCACGCCCCCUACAGUGUCUUGUUCCACCUGGGUUUCUCAGCAGAGGAGCUGAUUGGUCGAUCAUGGUACGAUCUCCUGCAUCCUGAUGACCUCACGCUCGCCGCCGGCUGCCACCGCACACUCACUGGAGCCGAGGGCGAUGCGGACGGAGAGAUGCUGGUCCGACUGCUGUGUAAGGAUCUGUCCUGGAUCUGGCUCUAUGUGUGUGUGACUGUGGACCGAGCCAGAGAACUGAUCUCCUGCACCAAUCACGUGCUCAGUGAAGCGGAGGCGUUGUAUCUGAAAGACAAACUCUACGGCGGUGUGUCGUCUCAGCGUCCCGUCCUGUCCGCUCCGAGACCGAGGGAGCGUGAGGCGGUCAGGAGGAGCUCAGAGACCAGCGACUGCUCCGGCGGCACAGACGCGGAUCUCAGGAGCGGCUCGCUCGCCUUCUCCACCCCGCCCUACAGCCCCACUUCCUCCCACUCCUCUGACUUCCUGUCUGACGGCUACAGUGGGUUCGAGCAGCUGGCGGAUGGGUUCUGCCCGUCUCAGGCGUUCUGUGACCCGUCCUGCGGCGUUCCUCCCGUCUGUCUGCCCGACGCUCACCUCGUCCCGAUCUACCAUCCCACGCUGGACGUGUGUGAGGCUGCCGCAGACUGUGUUCUGCAUCCGGAGGACUUCAGCGUGUUUCCUCUUCCUCAUGAGGGCGAUCUGCUGACGCCCGAGGCCUCGCCCACCGCUGACGGACACUUCCUCUACAGCGAGACGGAGCGGGCUGAGAUCGGGACUCUGGCCCAUCAGAUCCGCUCUCUGGCCAGCAGCUUCGACGCCUACAGCACCACACGCCACCUGCAGCCUGACAGCGCCCCCUGCUGGCCGCCGGCGCCCGAGCCCCUGCUGGACGAGACCGUCAUCGACAGCAUCCUGAGAGACCUGGUCUCAGCCAAAGAGCCGGACUGUGUCUGGAGCCGGAGCGCAGCCGGAGCGUUCUCAGCGUGUGUGUACGAGCACCAGCGCUGACGGAUCAGGAGUGACUGAAGGACGUCACUCACACUAGGGACCCAGUAUGACAUGUUGCCGAGAUGUGACCAGGUUCAGUGAGAACCGGUUUCUCAGAAUUAUAUCCCACCUGCAGUGUUUUAUGAAUGUGAAGAAUCAGUCUUCUGAACUCUUACCAACAGUGGUUCUGUUCCUUGUGUUGCUAGUGGCUCGGAAGCAUGUAAAUGUAGUUUUUGUAAACGACUCAAUAAUAAGCUACUAGGCACUUACUCCUAUGACAAAAACAGCGGAUCCUGAAACGAGAGCGAUGAACUGAAGCUACCUCAUGAAGCGAAUGUGAUCACUCCAAACACUCGUUCUGUUGUGUUGUGUAUAUUUAUUUCCUCUGGUUUAUGUUAGAUUUGUAGAUCAUUCCAGCAAACUGACUUUCUGCUUCAUGUAUGAAUGUAAUGUUCUCUAUAAUGUUUAGAGCAAUCAUGUACAAAACAAACAGUUUAUUUAUAUAUUCUCGCUCUUUGUUUCUAUUUUUGUAUGUAAAGUCAAUAAAGUUGUUAAGAGGACUAAAA